GGACAGUCGUUGCAGAAGCGCUGAUACAGACCAGUGUAAGAGCGUCUACUGGCAGUCUCGAAUUGCUCAAAAGAUAAGCGUAAAGGCAUUGUCUCACUGAAAAGAAAAAUCUCAUAGGCAACUCUGUUACUUGCUGAAGAAUAGCCGUUGGUCAUGAAUAGAUUCGUGAAGUCAGGUGUGGUUCUAUUUCAUAGAUAUUGUUUUCCGGGUUGGGAAAUUGUGAACGUCCAGGCACGCUGGAAAGAGCAUUUGUGACCGGCAAUUCAACAUUUUAAUUUUCUACCGAAGGAAGGUAGAGGAAUCAAGAACGAUAAUGGAGGAACCGAAUAAGAGGAUUCCUGUCACAAUUUUGACCGGCUUCCUCGGAAGUGGAAAAACGACGCUUAUAAAUUAUGUCCUCAAGGCAUCACACGGCAAAAGGGUGGCAGUGAUAGAGAAUGAGUUUGGCGAGAUAGCAGUGGACAGCGACCUCAUAGUUGACGCAGGAGACGAAAUAUUCGAGACGCAGAAUGGUUGUAUUUGCUGCAGGGUACGCGGUGAUCUUGUGCGCAUUCUACACGAAUUAGUGGAAAAAAAGCAAGGCAAAUUCGACAUGAUUUUAUUAGAAACCACUGGUCUUGCUGAUCCUGGCCCCGUCGUUCAGGAUGCAUUUCAAAUUGACGCUAUUGUGACCAUGGUCGACUCGAAACAUUUUCAGAUGCAUCUGGACUCAGAAGAAUUGCAGAAACAAAUUGCGUUCGCAGACCGUCUAGUUCUCAACAAGUUGGAUCUCAUACCCGAUGAACAAGAGCAGAAUACUUUACAAGCGAAGCUAUCCGCCAUUAAUCCAUCUGCAGAAAUCAUUAAAUCACAGUUUGGAAAAGUACCUUUAGAUGAAAUUCUAGACGUUCGAGGUUUCGAUCUCGAAAAGGUGUUAGAGCGUGAGCCGGACUUUAUGCACGAUUCAGUGCCCUGUGAUGAGCAAGGCUGCGACAAUGAUGGUCAUAAUCAUAACCACAAUCGACAUGACGUCUCCGUAACGUCUGUUGGAAUUUCCGCUCCGGGAGAAUUGGAUUUUGAUCUUUUAAACAGUUGGGUACAAAGCCUAUUGGCUGCUAAUGGCCAGAACAUUUAUCGUAUGAAGGGGAUUCUCAAUGUCAAAGGCGAGCAAGAUCGAUUUGUGUUUCAAGGUGUUCAUAUGAUGUUUGAUGGUCAGCAAGACAGAGCUUGGAGACCUGACGAGGACAGAACAAACAAGUUAGUCUUCAUCGGCAAGCAGCUGGAUCGUGAACAACUUACAAACAGUUUCAAAGCUUGCAUCGUAGCUUCAUAGACAGAUGAACUGAUCUAAAGCCGCUGCUGACUAGAUGACAAAGUUAUUUGUAUAUUUUUAUUGUUAGAUGCCAAUAUAGUGUUACCAUUCUUUCAAUAAGGCUAUAAAGGAGGAGUGCUUGAUCGGCUUUUCAAUCUUCUAGGGCGAGCGUGCAUACUGAUAGAUGGC